GGACCCUCAGGAACAACAAAUUUUGACGAGUUUUCGGCCAAAAAACUCGGUUUCAAUUUCGUUCAAAAAAUAAAAAAUGUCCAUUUUGACAAAAUGGUCGUUAUAUGCUCCUCCGCCAUCUACUCCUCCUCCAUGUCCUCCUCCACCAUCUACUCCUCCACGUCCUCCAUGCUCCUCCACCAUCUACUCCUCCUCCAUGUCCUCCACCAUAUACUCCUCCUCCAUGUCCUCCCCCACCAUCUACUCCUCCUCCUCCAUCCUCCAUGCUCUACCACUGUCUUCUCCUCCUUCAUGUCCUCCAUGCUCCUCCACCAUCCACUCCUCCAUGCCCUCCACCAUCUACUCCUCCUCCAUGUCCUCCUCCAUCUUGUUCCACACCUCCUCUAUCUCCUCCUCCAUCUCUUCCUCCUUCAUCUUGUUCUCCAUCUCCUACCACUCCUCCUCUAUUUUCUCCUCCUCCUUUCCAUACUCUUCCUCGUCUAUGUUGUCCUCUUCCUCUGUCUCCUCCUCCAUCUCCUCGUCCACCUCCUCCUCCUCCAUCUUCUCCUCCCGCAUCUUAUUCUCCUACAUCUCCUACUCCUCUAUUUUCUCCUCCUCCUCCAUCUCCUACCCCACCUCCUGUAUUUCCUCCUCCAUCUCUUCCUCCUCCAUCUUCUCCUCGUCCAUCUCGUACCCCUCCUCCUCCAUUUCCUCCUCCUCCAUCCCCUACCCCUCCUCCUCUAUCUUGUCCUCUUCCUCUCUCUCGACCCUUGUCUCCUCCUCCAUCUCCUCCACCUCCUCCAUCUUCUCCUCCCCCAUCUUGUUCUCGUACAUCUCUUACUCCUUCUCCAGUUUGUCCUCCUCCAUCUCCUCCUCCCCUAUCGCGUCUGGAUCCAUCUCCUCCUCCCCCUAUCUCGCGGGCGGAGGUGAACGGAGGCCGGCGGAGGCGGGUGGAGGCGGGCGGAGGCGGGCGGACGUGGGCAGAGGCGGGCGGAGGAGGUGGCGGGCGGAGGCGGGCGGAGGAGGAGGCAGGCGGAAGAAGAAGAAAAAGAAGAAGAAGAAGAGGAAGAAGAAGAAGAAGAAGAGGAAAAAGAAGAAGAUUGAUUGAUUGAUUGAUUGAUUGAUUGAUUGACGGUACUCGUCUUUGUCAUCAUAUUCAACUAACGUCCGUUCUUGCUAUCCCCUCGAACUGGUUGUGAAUUUAGUACUCAUCAUGCUGAUCUACAGGUCGUCACGCUACUUGAUUCGUUUGUAUUGCUCUGGCUUCACGUUUGCCUAACCAAGCCUCUGACCAGGUUCAUUAAGGGUCAAGGGAGGAGAAAGAGGGAGGUGAUAUGAGAGGCGCUGGUACAACUGUCGUUCUGAUCAAAGUGUCCGACAGGAUUAAGUUCUACACCGAAGGAGGCAGUUGGAGGAAGUCUGGUGGGUUUUCAAGUUCAGAAUAAAUGCAGCUCAAACAC